AUGACUUGGCGAAAAUCUUCUCCUGUCUUCCAUAUCUUUUCUUUGCUUUGUUUUUUGUCGUUAUUGUUGCCUUUCCCCUCUCUUUCUCUCUUCAUAUUACCUACUAUCUAUCUAUCUAUCUAUCUAUCUAACACAAUCUCUAUAAACAGAAAAUUCUCUUCAUACCCUUUCCAUAAUUUUGUUUUUCCAUUUCUCUCUCUAUCUAUCUCUCUAUCUUUCUGUCUGUCUGUCUUUUCUCUCUAUCUCUCUCUAACUAAAUUUGUAAUUCUUUCUUCCUUCUCUUUAUCUCUUAUUUUCUGUUCUGUUUCCCUCUGUCUGUUUGUCUGUCUGUCCCUCUCACUCUCUUUCUCUCUAUCUCUUCAUCCCUCCCUCGCUCCCCCUCUCUCUUACUCUAGGUCGAAUGUUUAUCAUUCUUUUCCUCUCUCCUCAUUUUUUCUCUGUUUCUAUUUAUAUCUAUCUCUUGCUUCUUCCCUCCCUCUCUCUCUCCCUCUCUCUUUCUCUCCCCCCCUUGUCUUGGAAGAAUUUCCUUCUAUCUUUCCCCUGUCAUUCUAUUAUUUCUCUCUCUACCCCUCUUUCUAUCUGUCUAUCUCUUCCCCCAACUCAUGA